AUGUCGUUGUCGUCCCCGAACAGCACAUGGGCUGCACAUCCUCACUGCGCACAAAGAUCUCUGGAGAGUCAGAGCGACAAACCUUCACCUCAAGCCUCCGAUACCAACCUCAUGGACAUCGAAGAGAAAUCGCUACAAAUUUUCAGGACAACAGCUCCCUUCCUCCGCGAGGAUGGCGUUAAGGAGCGCCCUUGGCUGGACGUUUCUCUGCCUUGGUACGCCAAGGUGUUCUUGUGGUUGCUGAGCUUUGCUCAGUUGCCAUCAAGCCUGGCACUGGUCCCCGACGGGCACAGACGGUGGGCAAAGCAACGAGGCGCGCCACUGCACCUUGGACACAUAAAGGGGAGCUCUCUUCUGGAGCAGGUUCAAGCAGCUGUGCUUGCCUUAGGUGUAAGAGAAUCAUUCGUCUUCACCUUCAGCGUACGCAACUUCGGCAGGCCCGAAGAGCAGAGAGUCGCCCUUUUCAACCACAUGAAGCGUUCAUUCGACAGCAUCUGUAAUAAUUGGGAAUUCUACCAGAAGAAAGAAUGGUCCUUUAGGACUCGGGGAGACAUCGAACGGUUUCCCAAGGAAUUGCAUAAACGCGCGGCCAAGAUGGAGUUAUUGACUCAUCAAACAAGUGCCAAAUCAAACAUGUAUUCUUGCGGACCUUACGAAUCACGUCAUCAAAUUACCCGGAUGGCUGUUACCUUGUGCCACGCCGUAAGGGACGGACUUCUGGAGCCCAGCGAUAUCACCGAAUGCCUGAUUGACGCUUACAACGAGAUCGAAGAUUGCCCCCAUGUCGAAUGUUACCUGCGGACAUCUGGCGAAAGAAGACUGAGCGAUUUCAUGACCUGGCAGACUGAUCGUGCGGCCAUCUACUUUGAAAAGAAGAAUUACCCGGACCUCGGAUACUGGGACAUGUUCAAGAUAAUGCUUCACUAUUCGGCAUCCUGGUCCUCAAGGAAGCGUUUAGACGACUGCUACGUCGAAGCGCGAAGCCGUACGGAACAGAGGUGCAGUGCUGCACAGAGGUUGAAAGAGCGCAAGUUCCAGUCCUGGCUGGAGGCGAGGAGACAGGCCUACCUUCGACGCCUCGUGGGGGACGACCUCUGA